AUAAUAUAAAUAUUAAGUGUUAACCACGAGGACCAUAAUUAUUUAUUUGUAUUGCUCGGUAAGCACAGUCGUUGUCGUACGGCGUACGCACAGCCCGCGAAUUAAGGUAAUCUACGAUAUCUUAAAGUUCUUAAUUCGUACAAUCAUGUCAAUAUUUAUAUUAAACCACGACACGGAUUUCGAGCACAUAAUUGGCGUGCUGUUCAACAAUUGGACCGCACUUAAAUUGGCUGUUGAACAUGGCAUGGGAGGAUCGUCUGCAAUAAUGCAAUCCAAAAUCAGGGAUUUGAUAAAGCACGUACACGACAGUCUUCUGAAAUCUGGUGUCAACAUGUGUUGGACAAUGAUAUCUGAUAUUAUUGAAGACACAAUGGAUUUCGGGUUUGAUGUUGUGCUUGAAGAUGCAUCUGCUGAGGAAUUAAGUAAACAUAUUUGUGAACUCUAUUGUAUUUGGAAUCAGUCAUUAGACGGCCGACAAAAAGUUAUAGAUGAACUUAAAAGUUUACCAAUAGUAAUUCCUAUUCAAAUUAAUCCAGUAAAACCAAUACGUGAAAAACAAAAGAGUGAUGAUUCAUCUUCGUCUAGCGAAGAGUCUGAACCAUGUGAAGAUGGAUGGACAGUGGUGAAACAUAAAUAAAACUUACCAGCAUAAUGUCUUAUUUUAUUCUUUUAUUUAUGAAAAGAUAAUGAUUUUUAUUAGGUAAUGGGCUGUUGUAAUGUGCUGUUAUUUGUAACAAAAUAUUUAAUUUUCAUAUGAGUAUACUAACUAUAGUGUUUAUAAACUCGUUUAUGUUAUAAUUCCUAACUUUAUAAAUGUACAUUAUUAAUGUUUAGUAAUUUUGUCUUUUAUAAUUAUGUUUGAAAAAUAGAUAAAAAUAAUUUUUAAAUGUUUCAUUUUGAACUAGAUAAAUUAUGAUGUUAGCUUGUUCUUUUUGAAAAGACUUUUUGAAUAUAAUAUAUACAAAAUGUCUUACAGUGAGGUAAAUACACAUUUUUUUUAUUAAAUUAUAGUUUUUGAACAUUUUUGUCUAUUCAAAUUUCAAAAUCAUCAAAUAAUAAACUAAAAUCUUCUAUUAUCGGUUUUUAUUCAGCUCUUACUUAAUUUAUUAAAUGUAGCAUAAUGUUUAAAUAUUUAUGUGUUUAUAUUAUAUAAGGUUAAAGGUUAAAUAUUAUGUAAUAAAAAUACUUAGUUAAGUAUCACUAUAGCAAUAUAAAUUUAAAGUAAAUAUUAGUUUUUUUUAAAUGAAUAUUUAAAAUUAACUAAAUAAUUUAUAUAUUGAAAACGUUUAUUACUGGAUGGAAGAUCAUAAUAAUAAAAACUGGCAUUUUUAUUCAAAACUAAUGUUUGACUAAAUAAAUUUUGUUUUUUUUAUUGUAUUUCUAAAACAACUGACAAGUAACCAAAGAUAUUUGACAUUUUUAAUUUUAUGUAUAUGAUGUUAAUUUAAAAAUAUUUUAGUUUUUUCUCGUUGCAAUAUUAUAAAAAUUUUCGUUUUAUAUCGAAGAUUUGAAAAUUGAAUAUAAGAUACUUCAUAAGUUUUUCUCUCCAUAAUUGAAAAAUGGUGUCAAGUGACAUUUAUGUACUUCACUACUCUAUAUGUUAGGUGUUCAGCUGGUCACUGUAUUGGAUUUAAAUUCAAUGAUAAUCAUACAUUAGUAUAUAUAAAAAAUGAUUUUGAUCAGAGACUGUUUUUCAGCAUAUACCAUUAAGUAUAUUUCAUGAUAUUAUUAUUAAAAAAAAUUUAUUUUGCUAUAAGUAUUAUGAUUGGUUAAUUACAUUUAUUCUGAAAACAGCAUUUAUUAUAUUAUUACUAUUAUAAUAAUUGAUAUAUAUAUAUAUGUAUAUCAUAUUAUUAAGUUAUUGUUUAUAGAUUUUUGAGUUUAUAUAAGAUUACUGUAAAUAAUGAGAACAGGUUAAACUGGUUAAAGCAUUUAGCAUUGAUUGUAUAAUAGACUAUUCUGUAAUUAGUGUUUUAAGUUCAUAGUGUGACUAUAAAAAAAUAAUAUGAAUAUACUAUAAAAUUAUUCUACUGAUUUUCAUGUCAUGCACUCAUGCGUAUAAAAAACUUCAUAAAAUAAUAAUAGGUAUGCAUAAAAAUUUUAUAAGUCGAUGAAUAAUGUUUUUGAAUUAAAAAAAAAAUAAUCAAGUUA